AUGUCGGGAUUCCAUGGAUUUAGGCAAGAUAUGCCCCCACCAGGAGGGUACGAACCGAUCAAAUAUAAAAGGAAUUUACCAGUUCGUGGAUUUGGUGGUGCGGUAGUCUUCAGUGCAGUAACGGCAAUUUGUGUUUUCGGUUUUUGGAGAGUCGGCAAAGCAAAUGGAGAGAAGAGAGAACUGAAACGUGAACAAGCAUGGUCAAGGAUCAACAUCGUACCAUUAUUAUUAGCUGAACAAGAUAGAGAUGCUUAUAGAAGACAACAAGCUGCUUUAUCGAGAGAGAAGGAGAUUAUGAAAGAUUAUCCUGGAUGGGAAGCCGGAAAGAGCGCAUAUAACUCUUCACGAUAUACUCCCAAUACAAUUGUCGUACUUUAA